AUGACGAUCGAACACAUGGUCUCUCGGCCAGCUUUACCCUACACACACCACAUCGCAGCACCAACGCAUUUUGGCGUCGAGUUGCUGUCGCGUGGGCGUGACACAUCUUGGCAGCAGAACGGGAAGGAGAAGAUGCACUUGCACCGCAACCCCUCCCUCCACCUAGUCCAAAUCCGGCGCCAGGACAAUCGUACUUUCUUGCGGCGGCAUCUUCGUGCUGAGCUCGAUUUAACAGCUCUCGCUGGCGAUAGGAGACGCCGAGCAGGAUGGAUCGAUGGAUUCGUUGGUGACCGCUCACCGGCAAAUGAGCGGGACGCCGCCGCCGCCUCUGGUUCUGUCGUGCGCGGAAAAGGUCGCGUGGAGCCAAGCCGAAAGAAAGCGUCGGCUUUGCUUCGCUUGUCGGCAGGCUGCCUUGCUGCAGAGCGCAGGCUGCUGCUGAAGCAGCCAGUUUCGGCCAAGGAUUUUUUUGGCCAUUCGUCACUGGCAGUGAAAUGCCAUGUCAAGAAGAAGGAUAUCAGAAAGUUCUUGGACGAUAUCUAUGUCGGCGACAAGGGUGUGAUCGAGGAGGAGCAUCAUGAACUAUGCUUCUCCUACAUCAGCAGAGCAGCCAUGAGCUAUGCUUCACCUACUUCGGCAGCCAUGAACUAUGUGCCCAUCCCAUCAUUAGUUUCUUCUCCGUUGUUCCUGUGCUCAGGUGUAGUUGAUUCAUCUUCAUCGUCUGAGGACUCGGAUCUUUAUUAG